CGUUCAACAGUCGAUCAGUUGCGUUGAGGCAUAGCAAGCCGUUAGUUCAAUUUUGGGCUUGAUUGUGUUGCAACCCAUGUUUUUAUUAUCAUCUAACGAUAGGUAAAUUAAUUUCAGUUAUUGUUUUAGUGGAAAAAAAAUGCAAACGAACGUUCACAUAUCGUUACAUUACGUUAGAUAAAAUUCGGUUACGUUUUGAAUUUGUACUUAACCUUAAAUCCGAUCGAAAAAUAACGGAAAAGGUGUUUUUUUUUUUCAAAUUUUGGAAUAACAAAAGCACGUCGUUGACGUUUUAAAACGAAAGUGAUAAGCAAAAUUGGAAAGCGAAAUAGUGAUAAAAAUGCUGUCGGAAAUUAAGAGUUCCCGCGAAGGACUGUUAAGUAUAUCUUCGAAGUUAUUGGGGAAUCUGGUACGACAGGAUCCAAUCGCCGAUACCUACGAUGUAGAGGAAAAACCUUUCGCCAGGGGUAAAUUUGCCGCGGUGCGAAGGGCCAAUCACAGGGCGACGGGCGUGUCGUACGCGGCGAAAUUUAUCAAAAAACGACGCCGAGCCACCGACAUAACUAAGGAGAUAUACCACGAAAUUGCCGUACUUUUGCAGUGCGAGUCGAGCGGACGAGUGGUACGACUACACGAGGUAUACGAAACGACUUUCGACAUGGUUUUAAUAUUGGAACUGGCCGCCGGCGGCGAGCUUCAGCGAAUUUUGGAGGGCGACGAAUGCCUAGGCGAACUCGAAGCGAAGAGGGCGAUGCGACAGAUACUCGAAGGCCUCUCGUAUCUGCACGAAAGAAACAUUGCACAUCUGGACCUGAAGCCACAAAAUCUACUGUUAACCGUUGAGAAUAGCUGCGAGGAUAUCAAAUUGUGUGAUUUCGGCAUUUCCAGGGUAUUAGAGAAGGGAGUUGAAGUUAGAGAAAUAUUAGGUACAACAGAUUAUGUAGCUCCAGAAGUAUUAAGUUACGAACCAAUCACAUUAGCAACCGAUAUAUGGUCAAUAGGAGUGUUAGCCUACGUUCUACUUACCGGAUAUUCACCGUUUGGUGCUUCGGACAAACAGCAAACCUUCCUAAACAUCUCAAAAUGUGCCUUAUCCUUCGAUGCGGACCUUUUUGAAGACAUUUCCAGUACCGCAAUUGACUUUAUAACCACAGCUUUGGUCGUAGACCCCAGAAAGCGACCCACAGUAGAACAAUUGCUAGAUCAUCCCUGGAUUUCUUUCAAAUCGAUUAUAUUCCCGCAAAUCACCAAAAAGACACCCGAAAUCCUUAGUGUAACGCCGAAAUCUACGCCUUUAAGUCAACGUAAAACGCUUCCCUGUGUUACUUCGGACACUCCGAAAUCGCAGCGUAAAACCUACAGCACGGACAAUCUAAACGGCGCGUACACAGAGACGCCGACCCGUACGUACAAUGUAUCGACAAACUGUUUGUGUCCACAAUGCGGGACGACCUGCAGACAUUUGCCUCACGCGCCUGUGUCAAAAACGCCUAUCACUGUGGAUCGUGGCAUUCUAUGCUAGCAUCUAACGACAAACUGGUGUUGCAUUUCGUAACAGCUUUGGGGCAGACUUUGUGAAUUGUGAUCGUUAAAGUCUACUGUGUUUUACUUUUUCGGUAUUAGGGAAAAUUUAGAUGGAAACGGCUGAGACAA